UGUCAAGACGCCAUGUAGCCAAAUUGAUGAGUGAAUUUCGCGCCAAAAUCCAAGUCCCGUUAUCUUAUGUCUAAUUGGUUCGUCCAUAAAUUAUAGUCUCGUUCAUUUCAGUCUUCAGUAGCAUACCUCCUGUUUUCAUAAGAACAGGUCACUCGACCUAUAUUUACCCUUGCGAUCUCCAGUACUGUGAAAACUCGAUCUGCGAUUGAGUUUAUGGUAUCAAAGCCAUCGCUUUGUAAUUUUAAACGGGUGCUGAUACAACGUAUUUUGGUAGAGAAUUCCAAUAAUUCAUUACUCAGUGCGAGAAACGGGACUCGGGAGGUAAACGAUAUGGCCUCGGUUUUUGAACCUUCUUACAAUGUCCUCUCAGAUGGUCAGUCCGAGACUGAAGAAAAAGAUAAGACAUAACGGUACUAAAAUAAUCGUUCGUGUUCGGAACUAGGUUAAGGCGUCUCCGUCUGUCUUCAUAAUAUAGGCGAGAGACCAUUUAGCAUUCUGAUUCCUCGCCAUUGAAUUAGUUUCAAAAAGGAUUCUCUGUUUGAAUCCUAUAUUCCGAAUGCAGCCUCACAAAAUUUGUGUAUUGAAGAUUAUGGUAAAAUGAAGUUUGGUCGUGUAUCAAUUUAAAAUGCUAAAAUAUAUUUCGAGGUUUACGAGGUUUUAUCGUUAUCGGGUUUGCAGUUUACUGUAUACUAAGUCCAGUCCUCGAAUUUCACCAACAUUUACCAAAACUUUGUCUUUUACUGUAUCAUUUACUUGGUGGCCAUUGGAAUUAUGGAAAAAGAAAGAUAUACACGAACAGUGUCAACAACUAUUCAAUAAUUCGUUAUUUCAUAUAGCUACGGGUGAAUUCAGUGUUGCAAAUGAUAAGUUACAUGAACUACUGUGGUUUGUCAACCAGUCUUAUCAAAAUCAUGAGUUAACCAAUCACGAAUACAUCGAUAAACGUUCACGAAUAUGUUCUGAGAUGGCAAAUCUAAAUCUCCUUAUGGGAAAUUAUUUAGAAGCAGAAAAAUUAAUUAAACAGACAAUGGAGGAUUGUUUAACAGCCAAAAUAUCACCAAAUGAUGCAAUGUUUAUUGAGUUGUCACUUAAAAUGUCCAUGAUUUUCGAAAAGUCUGGUAGAUUAGAUGAUGCUGAGAAGGGUUUUCGAUUUUGUAUAGAAAAUCAAGAGAAAAAGUUAACAAGUUUCGAUGAAAAUAUCGACCAUAUGAAUGAAAAAGCUUUAUUGGGAAUGUGUUGUAAUUAUUUUGCCAAAUUUCUAUUUGCUAAUCAAAGACAAACAGAAGCUUUAGUUUAUGCUCAACGAGCUUAUGAAAUUGCCAGUCAAAUUUAUCCUUUAGACCAUGCAAACUGUUUAAAUUUAUUAAUUGAUAUUAGCGUUAUCUAUGCUGAUUUAAAUGUAUUUACAGAGUCUGAACGUAUUCUUGAACAAGUUAUUCAAACAAGUCAAACCAAGUAUCAAUUUUUCAUUGAUAAUUACUCUAAUGAUAAUGAACUACUGAAAUCAAACGUUUCAAAACAAUGUGAAAUGCAUGAAAUUGUGUAUACUCUAAUACAUUCAAUAUUACAAUUAGCCGUUGUUAAUUUAAUGUUGAAAAAACUAGAAUUUGUGAACCAGUUAUUAUUACAAGCUGAUCACAUCAUAAAUCAAAUUGAUCAUUUGGGUUUAAAAGUCUCUAUGCACCGUAAACUUAUUAAUGAUUUUAAAAUGGAACAUCAUUUUCAAAUCUAGAAAUGUUUUCGUCUCCCUCAUCUUUGUUGUUUCUUUCUUCAAUUUUCUAUAGAGAUUUAUAUGAAUGUAUUUUAGAGUGAGUUGUAUUAUAAAUGACUAAAGUUGUAUAUGUGAGUGACGUGAUAAGGUUACUUUUUUAUGUUCACGAUAAUUGCUGCAAAUCAUUCUUUUUUCCUAUCUUUUUAUCAUUAUAUCUUGUUGAUAAGUUCCGCUUAAAUGCUCUUUAUAGUUUUACAAUUCAGUUUGUUUUGCUAUUAUGAGUCCACAAUCCCUAAUUCCCUUCAUGAUCUUUUCUCUUUUUUGGCUGGUUACUUUAUGAUUCAGUGUUACGUCAUUUGUUACAAGAUCACUAACAUAGAUUAUAUUUUCAAACAAGUACAGUAAUACGACUUCUUGUAGGUAAAAUAAAACUAUUUACAAAAUGUCAGCUUGUUAGGUAUGUUUAUUAAUAAUGUUUGUUACAUCCGAACGAAGAAUAAAUGAAUGGUAACUGCUAGUAA